AUGGUCUUUCUUCGCUCUACUCUCUUCGCCUCCGCCUCGACUCUCUAUGCCGUCGGACAUGCGGCCACUAUAACCAACACCAAUCUUCAGACCGUGAAUGGUAUUGGCGCGAGUGGCGCGUGGUGGGUGAACGACAUCGCGAAGUUUCCGACCUCCGUGCAGCAGAACGUCAGCGACCUGCUGCUGAACCAGAACACUGGCCUCGGGUUGACCGACUACCGCUACAACCUUGGAGGAGGAGGAGUUGGCGUCACUACUGUUGAUCGUGCUCCUCAGACGCCCUACAAGAGCGACGGAAACUAUGACUGGACUGUCGAUGCGGCAGGCACCUUCUUCCUCAAGGAGGCAGCUCGGCAAGGUGUCCCCCAAAUCACGCUCUUCGUGAACAGCGCGCCAACGACCUUCACCUCCAACGGCAAGAACUGUGGCGGCACGCUCAUUACGAGCCGUAUUCAGGCGUAUGCACAGUACCUGACGGACGUCGUGAACCACUGGAAGUCGCAGGGCGUCACCAUCACGCACGUUUCCCCUAUGAAUGAACCUGACAACUCCUUCGGCUCUGGCUCCAAUUGCGGUCAGGAAGGGAUGAUAGUGACCGUUAGCCAGCGCGCUCAAGUUUUGACCACGAUCGCGCAAUCGUUCAGCAAUGCCGGACUUUCGACUCGGGUCAUUGGGGAUGAGACUUCAACGCAGUCCCAAUUCACCUCCGAAGCACCGAACUGGUUGAACUCGAACGUAGGGAGUGCCGUUGCCGCGGUGGUCCACCACCAGUAUGGCUUUGUCGAUGGCGCUACGCAGCUGACGAUGGCGAACCAAGCGCGCUCGCUGAGUGGUGGCGCUCAGGUUUGGGCAACUGAGAUCUGUUGCUUUGCUAGCAGCAGUACGGACCCAACGUCAUCGGUAUCUUACGGGUCGGAGUACGAUCCCACGAUGAUGGGAGGCUUGCGCAUGGCGAACCUCAUCUUUCAAUCGCUGGGCAACGCGCAGGAGAACCACUGGGACUGGUGGACAGCGCUCUCGAACCAGAUCGGAAACUGCAACCCCUCAUCCAACGCAAACUGCCUGAAUGUCGCUCAAUCAUCGGCGGGCUGGAACGACGGCCUCAUUUACUACGACCCGAACUUUGCUAGCACGGGCUUCCACGGCCUGGGCGUCACCAAGCGCUUCUACGUCCUCAAGCACUUCACCAAGGCCGCUCCCAUCGGCGCCGUGGUCCGUAGCGUCACGACGUCAAGUUCUGGCACAGAGGCAAAAUGGCGCGUUCUGGCUUUCGAUUUCCCAAAAGGAAAACCGUUUGCUAUCGUCGCGAUGAACAUGCAGAACGCGGCCAGCAGCCUUACCCUGACGCCUGCAUCUGGUGUGAGCAUCGCGUCGCCCAAGUCGGCUGUGAGGACCAGCGCCAACGAAGACUAUGCCUCCAUUAGUGCGCCUGCCCUCAGCGGCGGUUCCAUCAACCUCUCGAAUGCCCCUGCUCUGAGCAUUACCACCUUAUUCUUCUGA